CACCCCUUCCUCCCCCGGGGGUGUGGGGGGGAACUGCCUGCCCGCCUGCCCGCCCCCACAGACACUCAUGGUUCAGUGCCCCCCAGGCCCCCACCUGCCCCCAGCAUCCACCGCGCGGCCAAGCUGGGUGCCCCGGGGAGUCUGGCCGCCAUGCCACCUCCUCUUCUCCUCUUCUUCCUCCUCUUCCUCACCCCUGAGGGAGUCAGGCCCCAGAAAACACUGCUGGUGGAGGCUAAAGAGGGAGGCAAAGCUGAGCUGCCAUGCCUCAAAGGUCCCUCAGAUGGUCCCCCUGAGCAGCAGGCCUGGUUUCAGGGGGCUCAGUCAGAGCUGGACCCAGGUUCACAAGGCCUGGGCAUCCAGAAGGGGCCCCUGGGCCUCCAGCUCCUCAUCUUCAACGUCUCUGACCAGAUGGGGGGCUUCUACGUGUGCCAGCUGGGGCCCCCUUCUGAGCAGGCCUGGCAGUCUGGCUGGACAGUCAGCGUGGAGGGCAGCGGGGAGCUGUUCCGCUGGAAUGCUUCAUACCUAAAUGACCCAGGCUGUGGCCUGGGGAACAGGUCCUCAGAGGGCCCCAAGCCCUCUUCUGGUUACCCCACAAGCUCCCAGCUGUACGUGUGGGCCAAAGGCCACCCUGAGAUCUGGGAGACAGACCCUGACUGUGCCUCGCCCAGGGGCGGUCUGAACCAGAGCCUCAACCAAGACGUCACCGUGGCCCCUGGCUCCACAUUCUGGCUGCCCUGUGAGGUGCCCCCUGCCUCCGUGGCCAGAGGCCCCAUCUCCUGGACCCUCGUGCGCCCCAAGAAGCAUAACAUCUCAUUGCUGCACUUAAACCUGAGGGAGGAUGCCCCGGUCAGAGAGAUGUGGGUCCUAGACACCCUCAGGGGAGGGGCUGUUCUGUUGCUGCCCCAGGCGACCGCUCAAGAUGCUGGCACCUAUCAUUGUUACCAUGGCAACAUGACCAUCGAGAUGCAGCUGAAGGUCACUGCCCAGUCAGUAAGACACUGGCUGCUGGAGGCUGGUGGCUGGAAAGUCCCCGUUGUGCCAUUACUUUAUCUGAUCAUCUGCCUGGGUUCCCUGGUGAGCUUUGUUCAUCUUCGAAGAGCCCUGAUCCUCAGGAAGAAAAGAAAGCGAAUGACCGAUCCCACCAGAAGGUUCUUCAAAGUGACGCCUUCCCCGGGAAGCGGGGCCCAGAAUCAGUACGGGAACGUGCUCUCCCUUCCCACGCCCACCUCUGGGACGGGACGCGCCCUAAGGUGGGCUGCAGGCCUGGGGGCCGCCGUCCAGUCGUGCGGAAACCCGCGCAGCGACGUACAGGAGGUCGGAGCCGCGGGGCCCCGGAGCCCGCCACCAGCAGGCCCAGAAGAAGAGGAAGGAGAAGCCUAUGAGGAGCCGGACAGUGAGGAGGGCUCCGAGUUCUACGAGAAUGACUCCAACCUCGGGCAGGACCAGCUCUCCCAGGAUGGCAGCGGCUAUGAGAACCCUGAGGACGACGCCUUGGGUCCCGGGGAUGAAGACUCCUUCUCCAGCGCCGAGUCUUAUGAGAAUGAGGAUGAAGAGCUGGCCCAGCCAGUCGCCAGGACAGCAGACUUCCUGAGCCCCCAUGGGUCUGCCUGGGAUCCCAGCAGGGAGGCAACCUCUCUUGGGUCCCAGUCCUACGAGGAUAUGAGAGGGAUCCUGUAUGCAGCCCCCCAGCUCCGCUCCCUUCGGGCCCAGCCGGGUCCUAAUCAUGAGGAAGAUGCAGACUCUUAUGAGAACAUGGACAAUCCCAAUGGGCCAGAACCAGCAUGGGGAGGAGGGGGCCGCAUGGGCACCUGGAGCACUAGGUGAUUCCUUCCAGCCUAGGCCUCCUUAGGCCCCCGAGAUCCAUACUGGAUUCUGAAAUCUGGGACCCCAAGCAGACAGUGUCGACUUCUGGAGCAGCGUUGACUCGGAUGUGUAUAUCUGUGUGUGUGAGCGCACGUGUGUGUGUGUGUGUGUGCCAAUGAAACUUUGGCUCCCUUUACUUACUCCAAAUAAAUUCAGUGACUUCUUCUAAUCCUAUGACGUAAAUGCCCUUGUAUGGGAGGGGGAGGGAAGGUGACGAUGUGUGUACUCCCCUCUCGAAUCCAGCAGAGGACGGAGAGCUGCAUCCUGGGUACGAUGGGGCCUUUUCCCUCCUGUGAUUUGGCCUGCAUCUGUUGCCCUCACUUGCCCGCCGCUCUCUUCAUCGAGUUGUUUCGCCACCAUUCAUUCAGCAGCUGGGGGUGCCCAGUGAAGAGAAAGCCAUCCAGGAGUUGGCAGUCAUCGCUGACAUGUACUGAGCAUCUCCUGGGGUGCCCGGGUGGCUCAGUUGGUUAAGCGUCAACUUCGGCUCAGGUCAUGAUCUCAUGGUUCCUGAGUUCGAGCCCCGCACUGGGCUCUGAGCUGACAGUUGGAGCCUACUUCAGAUCCUGUCUCCCUCUCUCUCUGACCCUCCCCUGACCGUACGCGCGCUCUCUCUCUCAAAAAUAAAUAAACAUAAAAAAAAAAUUUACUGAGCAUCUCCUACGUUCCAACACCAGUUAACUCAUUUAAUCUUUAAAAGUAUUUUUUUAAUGUUUAUUUAUUUUUGAGAGAGCGUGUGCACCUGUGCGCACGCACACGGGCACACAAGUGGGGGAGGGACAGAGAGGGAGGCAGAGGAGCCCCGUGCCAGACUGGAGACCCAGUCCCUCUCCUGCUCCAGAAGGUUCAAUGUGCUAUAGAAGACUGACUAGAGUUUUCAGUACUUACACACUUUAUUGCCAGAAUUUCGCUUAAUGUACCCGUUUUUUCUUCGCAAUGCCCUGUUAUUUCGAGACCGUCUUCCUUCUUUAUCUCUCAACCUUUACAACUUACAUUCUGUGUGUUAACACUAUUACUCUGUGCCAUGCAUUGUGCUAAUAAGUGCUUUACAGGUAGCAUCUCAUUUUAUCCUUACAACAAUCCUUUGAGGGAGGGAAGCUAAAAUUAUUCUGUUUACACCUGGGAAGCCUGAGUCAUGGAGAAAUUAAGUACUUCCUGCUAACUGACCUUAGGUAACUUACUUAAGUUCAGGGACCCUCAGUUUCCCCGACUGUCUAAUAGCAUUAGGGAGGGGGCAUGGUAUGGUUACCAUUAUCUGUAUAAUGGGUUGAAUUUCCCCAUGGUGAUGUCAAGGUCUCUUUGACUUCUUCAUGUUUCUCCUGAGCUUCCUGGGCCCCACUGCCUGGGGGCCAGCAGUGACUUUUUCCCUCCACUGUCUGUUGGGUGACUUGCUUCCAUUCUGCAUCCCAGGGCCCGUGGGUGGAUUUUUUUCUGUCUUCUGUGCCCAGCCCUUUCUCAGGUCCUGGUUUUGGGCAAGACACUCAGUUUCCUUUCUCUGCUGUCCCUGGGGCCUCAGCUUGACCUCUGUCCCCUUGUGGGUAUGAAAACCCCAAUCCUAGGGAUCUCGGUGUCCCUGUGGAGUGCUAGACUUCAGCCACCUCUCAGCAUUGUGGCUUUGAUUUCCUUCUUUAUUUCUAGCACCUGGAAGAUUGUGCUGCUGUUGAGCUCAGAUAUCUAUUUUAAAAAGAAGAAGAAGGCGUGCCUUGGUGGUUCAGUCACUUGAGCAUCUGACUUUGGCUCAGGUCAUGAUCUCAUGGUUCAUUAGUUCGAGCCCCAAGUCAGGCUCUGUGCUGACAGCUCAGAGCCUGGAGCCUCCUUCAGAUUCCGUGUCUCACCCUCUCUCUCUGACCCACCCAGCUCACACUCUGUCUUUCUCAAAAAUAAACAUCUAAAACAAUUUUUUUAGGGGCGCCUGGGUGGUUCAGUUGGUUAAGUGGCCAACUUCCGCUCAGGUCAUGAUUUCGCAGUUCAUGAGUUUGAGCCCCACGUUAGGCUCUGUGCUGAUAGCUCAGAACGUGGAGCCAGCUUCAGAUU